CCACCUCUAGGCUCAGCCUUGGGGUGGGAGUGAAGGGUCACUCACCUCCUGCAGGGCCUGGGCCAGCUCCCUGCACAAAUCCCCGAUCUCCUGGCAGGCGGAGAAGUCAUUGAUUUGAGAAAAAAGGAGUGUCUCCACCCCAGGUGCCCAGCGGGUAGGGGCAGGGGUGAUAGAAUAGAAAGAACAAAGGACUAGAAAUCAAGAGGGUGACGUUUCAAGGCAUGGUUCUGCUGUCAGUUCAUUGGAUAACCUUGGCUGCCGCCCGGGCUGGCCCAGCAAAGGGAGGGGACCUGAUUUAAAGGACCCGCUGCCAUCCCAGCUGCCUGUGAGUCGUGGGCAGACAGCCGCAGACGGCCACCAAGAAGACAAAGCCACCCCCUUGCCCCAGGCCAAUCAUGCGCUUUAGACGACUGACCCCCGGCUAUUUUCGGAUGCUAGAGAUGCAAGUGGCUGGGGAGCUGGAGGCAGAGCCCCGGAACCAACUGGUGGGUGCCCUGGCCACACUGCUGGCUGUGUUCGGCCUAGGUCUCUCCUUCUACAGUGUACGGCAGCUGGUGGAUCAAGGAAAGUCCCCGAAGACCCCAUGAUGGGACAGGGGACCCCUGGAAACCUGGGGGACGGCAUCCAUUUCACCUAAUAUCCAGAGGAAGAACUCUUCCCGUCUCUCUUUCCACCACCCUCCCUUCCCCAACCCCAUCACAUGGUGGCUCCAGCAGGCUGGGAGGCCAAGGGGAAGAGAAUGGGCUUUGGGAGGCAUCCAUGCCUACCUAGGGUGGAGAGGUGGGAGCCCUGGCUGGAAUAAACCUGGAAAACUGCAAAGUGCAAACACAGAAGACAUGCCACGACUCAGGCUCCAUCUGGUGACAUGCGUCCAAAGCACAGUAACAGGGAGGGAGGGGGGUCUCAUUCCCUUGACCUGAAGGUCCAGCAUGCGGCCAAGAGUCCCAU